UUCAAUUUUUCUUAUUAAUCAAAAUCUCCAAUUGUUUUGGUUUGGUUUCUUCCUUCUAUCUUAUUUUAUUUUCAUAUUUUUUCUUCUUUUUUGGGUUCGUCAACCUCUCUCUAUCUUCAUUAAUUUCCAUUUCCUUCUCUGUUCUUCUUUUCAUUUUUUUACACUCAUUUCGCCCGAAACAACGGAACUGACAAAACCGCCCACCCCGCCCGUGUGUUCGGCCGAUCGGCAUAACGUCUCCACAAUGGGCUGCACUUUUUGUCCAAUAUCGAUUCCGUCCGAUCAAUGAUCGCCUACUCAAAAUGGUGGCUGUGUUCAAUAAAGAGUUAUUGAGCUGGUAUCUAAUCACCCUCAAGCUCAGAGAAACAGUAGAAUCUGGACUUCCCAGAAACUCAAUUUCAGCCAACUCCGUUGAUUCUCAUGGAAAAUCAGAACUCCAGCUCCAGGAAUCAAAACAGAUUCAAUCAGAAUCCCAUCAUGUUAUAGUAGAAAAUGAAGAUCAGAAGCUUGAAGAAGAAGACCCCGAACUCGAAUCACCUGUUUCAGAAUGGGUUAUCACCAUCAAGGAAAAACUUAACCAAGCUCAUCAAGAUGAAGUAGAAAGUUCAUGGGCAAAGCUCUGCAUUUACAAGGUCCCCCACUACCUAAAAGAUGGAGAAGACAAAGCUGUUGUUCCUCAGAUUGUCUCUUUAGGACCGUACCACCAUGGAAAACGCCGGCUCCGGCAAAUGGAACGCCAUAAAUGGAGGUCACUUUACCACAUCCUUGACAGAUCCAAACAAGACAUAAAGCUUUAUUUAGACGCUAUGAAAGAACUUGAAGAAAGAGCCCGUAAUUGUUAUGAAGGACCAUUCAGUUUUAGCAGCAAUGAAUUUGUGGAAAUGAUGGUGCUAGAUGGUUGCUUUGUGCUUGAACUCUUCAGAGGAGCUGCUGAAGGAUUCAAACAACUUGGGUAUCCUCGAAAUGAUCCAAUCUUCGCAAUGCGCGGUUCAAUGCAUUCGAUCCAAAGGGAUAUGAUAAUGCUGGAAAAUCAGCUUCCCCUGUUUGUUUUAGAUCGGCUACUAGAGCUUCAACUUGGUGACAAUUACCAGAAAGGACUCGUAGCCGAAUUAGCACUGAGAUUCUUCGAUCCAUUAACCCCAAACGAUGAACCCUUAACCAAAAGUAGCCUAAACAAAUUAGAAUCAUCUCUUGGAAACACAACUGCCUUUGACCCACUUGGUUAUCAAGACGGACUUCAUUGCCUUGAUGUUUUCCGGCGAAGUCUCCUCCGGUCAGGCCCUAAAUUAGCUCCGAAAGUGUGGAUGAAACGACGGUCUCAUGCGAAUCGGGUGGCGGAUAAACGGAGGCAGCAAUUGAUUCAUUGUGUGAAAGAGUUGAAAGAUGCAGGGAUUAGAUUCAAGAAGAAGAAAACAGAUCGAUUUUGGGAUAUAAAUUUCAACAAUGGGGUUAUGGAAAUUCCACGGCUAUUGAUUCACGAUGGAACUAGAUCAUUGUUUUUGAAUCUAAUAGCGUUUGAACAAUGUCAUCUUGAUUGCAGCAACGAUAUAACAUCCUACGUGGUUUUCAUGGAUAAUCUAAUUGACUCACAUGAAGAUGUUUCUUAUCUCCAUUAUUGUGGAAUAAUAGAGCAUUGGCUUGGUAGUGAUGAGGAAGUUGCUGAGCUUUUCAAUCGUUUGUGUCAAGAGGUAGUUUAUGACAUUAAUGAUAGUUAUCUUUCCCAAUUGUCUGAGGAUGUGAAUAGAUAUUACAACCAUAGAUGGAAUGCUUGGAGAGCAACUUUGAAACACAAUUACUUCAGUAAUCCAUGGGCCAUUAUCUCUUUGAUCGCAGCAGUAGUUCUUCUAUUGCUUACUUUUGCACAAGCCUUUUAUGGAGUUUUUGCUUAUUACAAGCCCCCAAAUUGACCCACAAACUCAGAACCUACAAGUCUCUGUUUUGCAAUUACUUCUUCUUCUUUCUAUUUUUUUGGAUCGGUUAUCCAGAUUAUUGAAAUGUUCAAAUUGUUGAUGGAACUGUGUUAUUGGUUUUGUAAUACCAAAAUUUUCAUUUUGAUUAUGCUGAUGAUGGAGAUAUCUUCAAUUUUUCAGAGUGGCACAAAUAACCCUUGAUGAGAUGAGUUUUUUGGUGUCUUUUCAUGGUCAAACUCAAGUAAACUAAUGGCAUAAUUCUUACUUUUUAGAUUCACUGUUUUGUAGGCGGCUUUUCUACAUUUCCCAUAACAUUUUCAAUUAUUUGUCUGGUUUGUACAUAGAUUUUUGUACUGUUCUUGGGAUAUUAUCCACAAUAAUUUCACUUCUUGCUUCUUUACAUGA